UGCGGGGACCUCCAGAGUGUGGUGCUCCCUUGGGAGAGCUGUGUUUUCCUUGGGGAGUGUCCCUGCCAGCCCUGGGAGCUGCUUCCCUGCCUCUUUCUCUGCCUGUGCCAGGCUGGAGCGGGCUCUUCCCGGAGCAAGGGAUGAUGCAGGAGCUGGUGGCUGGUGUGGAGAGGAUCAGGUUUGACUCGGAGGCUGACGUGGAGCAGCAGCGAGGAGCUCGGCCCCUGCCCUUCCCGGGGGUGGACAGCGUGCAGGGCCGCCCCCGGCACGGCGGGGCCAAGCCCGCGGUGUGCAAGCAUUGGCUGCGAGGGCUCUGCAAGAGGGGCGACGGCUGCGACUUCCUGCACGACUACGACGCCACCAGGAUGCCCGAGUGCUAUUUCUACUCCAAGUUCGGUGAGUGCAGCAACCAGGACUGUCCCUUCCUGCACGCCGGUGCCACCGCCAGCGCCGUGGGCUGUCCCUGGUACGACCGUGGCUUUUGCAGGCACGGUCCCCUGUGCAAGUACAAGCACACGAGGAGGGUGAUGUGUGCCAACUACCUGGUGGGCUUCUGCCCGGAGGGACCCAAGUGCAAAUUCGUGCACCUCAAGGCCGGGCUGAUGGUGAGCAGCACAGACCCAUCCAAGGAAGCUGGAUGUCCAUGGGGGCUGGUACAGCGGGAUCUGACUGCUGCAGAGGAGAGGGGAGGUGAGGACGUGCCACCCAAGGAGCCACCUCCACAUGUCACCCAGCACCUGGCAGCUCAUCUGUGGGACACCAGUGGGUGUCCCCCGAGCCCGCAGAACCUGCUGGAAGGAGGCACCUGCUCCAAGAGAGGAUCAGCCAGUCCGUGCCGGUGAGAGCGGGAGGACUCCGCUGGAAAUGCUGCUGGGGAAGUGACUGCAGUGCUCCCACACGGACCAGGGAAGGAGGACACCACACAACAUGACGGAGACGGCACCGGGGCAGCGGCUGGACUAGAGAAGCCAGCGGGGUUUGCCCAGCACCAGCUCACAGGCUGCACAGAAAUCACUCCAUACAAUGGGAAUCGGGACUUCCCACGGCUGGCUGCUGGCUGUGGGCAGGCUGGGACAGCAGCAGCAGCAUUCCCAGGGUGUGAACAGGGGCAGGACUGGCUGGUGCCAGGAUCCUGGGCACAGCGGUGAGGGUGUGCUCAUCCCUUGGGAAGGGGGCACAAAGCACCACGUUUGAGAUCACAACCCAAGCAGGAAAGGAAAACCCACACAGGUUUUUAUUGCUGGUGAGAGAGUUUUUGGUGCAACACCUCUGUCACGGCACUACUGCACUCUGCAGAAUAAAGAGCUCAGACUUUUAA